CCAUGGUUGUGACUACAGAUGUUCCAUCAUACACAGCUGAACUAGAGUAAUUGAUUUUUUUUAAAUUAUCUUGGAGGAUGGGGUAAGUGCCAGGUGUCACACAUGGAGACCAGAUGACAGCUUGUCAGAGCUGGUACUCUCCUUCCACUGUGUAGGUCCAGGAGAUUUAGCUGGGGUCAUUGGACUUGGCUGGAGACACCUGUACCCUGAGCCAUCUCAUAGAUUCAUAGAAAGGAUUAAUUUCUGCUUUACUAAACAAUCCCAUUGUGUUUCGGGGAGGCUAUAUUAUAAGGAAUGAUGGCAUUUACAAGGCAGCAGAGUUAAACUGAUCUGGCUCCUUCUUGCCUCCCAGGCUUCUAGACCAACACCGAGCCCAUCCCUGUGGCUAAAGGAGUAGGUCUGUUGAGACCGGAGUCAUUUUAUAGAAUUCCAACUUGUCAGAGACCAAGGGAAUAUUCCCAGCAGACAUGGCUAUCAACACGACUGGAGACAGCCUCCCCUCAGAGCAGACACCAUCACCUACAUCCCAGGACUGGAAUUCAGAAAAAGAAGACUACAGCCCUGAGGUCUGGCACUUGAAGUUCAGAGCUUUCAGCCCCUCAGAGCAGUCGGACCCCGUCCAGGAUCUGAAGAGGAUCUCUGAGCUGUGCUAUCAGUGGCUGAGACCAGACCUGAAUAGCAAGGAGGAGAUCCUGGAUCAGCUGGUGUUGGAGCAGUUCAUGAUCUCCAUGCCUCCAGAACUGCAGGCCUUAGUGAAGGAGAGCGGAGUGAAGAGCUGCCAAGAGUUAGAGAAGAUGCUGAGGGAUGGCGGGAAACCUCAACAUUGGUCCAUAAUCCAUUCCCAAGGACAGUUAUAUCUCCUUCAGGAUCCCAUUGUUGAGAAGGCAGAAGCCAAGGAGGAUCAAAACGAUGCUGUGGAUUUGUCCCAGGAGCCUCUCAACAGAGGCAAGCCCAACCCAGUGCUUUGGAUCCCGUCAGAGACUGAAGAGCCAUCCACCAGCCAGACACAGGAAGUUUUGCUGGAUACAGUUCCUGAGAGCAAAGAACAGGAGGACCCAAGACCCAAGCAGAGCCCGGGGAAUGACUCGGUGCAGGAGAGGGAUGAGGCCUCUGUGUUGACCCCUCAGGACCCUGAGCCCACACACGGUUCUGAUUCUGUCAGAGGAGAGGAUGUGAAGAUGCCCCAGGAAGAUACAAAUACAGAUGCUGUCACACAAUCCACCCAUGUUCUGGAAAGAAGAGAUUUAGCUGCACACACAGAACUUCAGAGUCUCUCUAGUUCCAAUGGAGACAAGGUUCCCCCUUGUCAAGGAGGGGCCUCCUGUGUGGACAGGACAGAAGAUGGGCAGCUAGGGCUUGCUACCCUACGACCUGUGGAGCCUGUUGAUCAUCUCGCCGGCCAGGCUAAGUUUGUGUGCAGUGAAUGCAAGAAGAGCUUCCUGUACAGGUCUCAGUUCAUCAUCCACCAGAGGUCACACACAGGAGAGAGACCCUUUGAGUGCAGCGAGCUCUCCUUCGUCAUGGUACUAGCUGGCAGCCAGCAAGCGCCAGCUAAUGUUCUUUCUCUGUUCAUCCCCGACAACGCUGGGGGUUACAGGCGGGCGUGA